UUUUGAUAAUAAAGUAAAUUCAAAAUACAUUUAUUGCGAUUUGCGAUAUUGACUGUUAUUUUGUUUGAAUAUUAAUCGUCCAUAUAUUCGAUAUUAUGACAGUUUUAUUAUAUUAUAUCGGAAUUUAUUAACGAUUAACUAUGACUUCUUUUAAAAAAUCAUUUGUGAAACCUUUCGCUCGUCCCAGCGACUCGUACACCGUCGAAGAUUCUUAUUGGAAGAAAUUAACCAGUCCAGUGCUGGUUAAAGAAUUCGGACCGAUUGAUUAUGUAAAUUUCUCACGACGUGCACCUUAUCAUUUUGCAGUUUCGUGUUCAGCGCGGGUGCAAGUCUACAACCCGGUGACCAAAGUAGUCACGAAAAAUCUAAACAAGUUCAAAGAGGCUGCUUAUGGUGCAACAUUCCGUGCCGACGGUCAUUUACUAUGUGCUGGUGGCGAAGAAUCAGUUGUGAGGCUGUUUGAGGUCAAUACAAAGUCUAUGCUGAGACAGUUUAGAGGACAUAAAGCAGCUGUCCACCGCACAUUUUUCACCAAAGAUGGACAUCAUAUCGCAAGUUUUUCAGAUGACAAAACAGUGUCUCUUUGGGAUAUAAGUAGUCAAAAUAUUAGUGGUCACUAUGAAGGUUAUCAUACGGACUAUAUUAGAGCUGGAUGUGUCUCUCCAAUUUCUGAAAAUAUAGUUGUUUCUGGAGGUUAUGAUAAAAAAAUUAAUAUGUUUGAUUCAAGAACCAAAUCUGUUACUAUGUCAGUUGACCACGAAGCACCUGUUGAAAGUCUAAUGUUUCUACCUUCUGGUAGCUUACUUAUAUCAGCUGGUGGUACUGAAGUUCGCAUAUGGGAUGUAUUAGCUGGUAAAUUAUUAGCUAAACUAACCCAGAACCAUAAGACUGUAACAGCGUUGUGCUUGGCUAAACAGGGUUCAGCUAUUGUAACAGCUUCAUUGGAUAAACAUGUUAAAAUCUACAAUGUAUCAACAUUCCAACUAUCUCAUGAUAUUACUUAUCCAAGUGCUGUACUCAGUAUUGAUAUAAGUAAAGAUGACAAAACAAUUGUAGCUGGAACAGUGGAUGGUAUUGUUAACAUAAUUAAACGUGAUACUGCUAUGAAGCAUAACAUUGAAAAUAAAAAGAGGCAAGCAAGGGCUUCAGCAAUUGUCUACUCUGAUGGCAUUGAUUUGUCUGUGCCAAUAAUGCAACCAGAUCAAAUGAGCAAGUUUGAUAAUGCUUUAAGGAAGUUUAAUUAUAAGCAAGCCUUAGAUUCAGUCUUGGUUCAUGCUGUUGCAUUCAAAAAACCUCAUGUAACAGUUUAUGUGUUUGAUGAAUUAUGCAGGAGAAACGGAUUAGAACAAGCAAUUGCCGGUAGAAAUUCAAAAGAGUUAGCAUUGCUAUUGAAUUUUGUUAUUCGAUAUAUUGGUGUUAGAAAACUAUCUAAAACACUGACACAUGUAGCCUCAAUAAUUAUUGAUUGUUAUUGGGAUUCAUUUGAGGCAUGCAGUCUUGAAAUUCGUGCUCUAUUGACAAAAUUACACACUGUUGUUGAGAAUGAAAUUUUAUUAACAAAAAAAUUGUUAGCUAUUGAUGGUUUAGUUAAAAUGUUACUUAUUAGUUCUGAAGUAUUACCUGAUACUAAUCAGACUCAACUGAAUGAGAAUAAAGUUGUUGUUAAAAAUUAAUUGUUUGUGGUGUUU